GAAGUGAAGGGUGGAAUGUCAUCCAUUUCUUUUCAACUCUACUAAAGGAACGAUGGCGCUCCGGACGUUAGGUUGUCACUUGGGGCGUUUUCAAGGGAUUUACCGCCAGCUACAGCCCCAGUCCUGUGGGCUGGCUGUGUUGGGGGUGUGGGGGUUACCCAUGGUGUCGUUGGGGGUGAGAUGUAAGAGCUCCGGCCCUGUACAGGUGAGUCACCUGGACCACCUUGUGUUGACCGUGAAGAGUGUUCCAGACACCUGCACCUUCUACUCCUCUGUCCUGGGCAUGGAGGUCAUCACCUUUAAGGGUAACCGUAAGGCGCUGUGUUUUGGGAAGCAGAAGUUGAACCUGCACCAGGUGGGUCAGGAGUUUGAACCCAAGGCUUUGAGACCCACCUCAGGAUCAGCUGACCUCUGUCUCAUCACCCUCACCCCCCUGGCUGCUGUAGCUACACACCUACAGGCGUGUGGUGUGGAGAUAGAGGAGGGUCCAGUGGAGAGGAGUGGCGCUGUUGGACCCAUCACAUCUCUCUACUUCAGAGACCCAGACCACAACCUGAUAGAGGUCUCUAACUACAACCAACCAACGAAGGACUGAGGCCUUAUGUCAACCUCUAACUACAUACAACCAACAUCCUUUAGCUAAACAGCUACCAUCAACAGCCUUUAGCUCAACAUCUACCUUCAACAGCCUUUAGCUAAACAUCUACCUUCAACAGCCUUUAGCUAAACAUCUACCUUCAACAGCCUUUAGCUAAACAUCUACCUUCAACAGCCUUAGAACAACCAUUUAACUGCAACAGAAGAACAAAGGGCAUUCUUAUAUUUUGUGUUUUUUUGCUCAGCCAACUUAUUUGUCUUUUGGCAGGAAGAUCACAGUAGUUAGACUGAAGAGUUAGUGCUAAGGUAACCUUUAUGAGGACAACAACGUAGUUCCUACGUGUCAUGUUUUGGCCUAGCCAGAUCUGUAUGUUAGCCAAUUCCUUUGUUGUUUGGGGUGAUGACUUGCCUUGUUAAAUAAAAUAAAAAUGAAAGAGGCAAAAUA